AUGUCCAAUAAACCACGAAACAUUUGCGUCACCUACUUUUUAGUUACUGGACACUUGGUUUCACAGGUUCAUUCUUUAGUUGAGUUUACCAACAUCAAAUGUGAAACUAUAGAUAAAAAUUUCUGUGAUUUCGAAUAUUGUUAUCUGAAAUCUAUAAACCGUUCUUACAAAUACUAUUCUUUGAAAGUCAAUCUCUUCAAACUUCCCAUUAUUAAUGCACAGAUUAAUAUGGAGCUCUUUAAACGUGGUAAUGGCUACCAUCCUUUCCUCUACAAUACAACAUUUGAUUUUUGCAAGUUCUUGAAAAACCAAAAAUCAAAUCCCGUUUUUGGAUACUUUUAUAAUAUCUUAAAAAGCUUUUCCAAUGUGAACCAUCCCUGUCCUUAUCACCAUGACCUUGUGGUAGAAAAGAUUUCAACAGAAUUUGUAAAUAACCAAGUUACUAAGGUUCUGCCUUUUCCGGAAGGACAAUAUAUGUAUAAAAUGCGUUGGAUGACCUAUAACAUUGUCCGAGCUGAGUUUAGAAUAUACCUUUCCCUUUCGUAAAUAUCAUAA